CCGCCGCACGUCCGCUCCUGCACGAGCAGGGAUGGACGCCUAUCGCCGUCCUUGGCGCUCUCCCAGAGCAGAGGCGUGGAGCUGACUCAGUUCGUUGUCUAGUCUCUAGGCCAAUGCUCGCCACGCUUUUUUGGUGAGAGAAGUGAAAAGCCGUGAAAACGAGGGGCAGAAAGACCAGACAGAGGGCAGCGAGGGCUAACGACUCUGAGACGCGACCCUCCGCACAGCCUGCCCACGCCGGAGACGCCCCGCCCCCGCGCUCACCGUCCAGAGCGUCGUCCGCAUCUGCCGUCACGCCCUGCGCGUCCCGCUCCACCAGGGGCCCGAAGAACUCGGCUACCAGCUCCUUCAUUCUGGCCACACCCGCCGACAGGCUCUGGAGAGGGUCCGCGUCGCCCGACGCCUCACAGGACACUUGCAGCCGCCGGGGCUCCCCAUCACACCCGACGUACUCGCCCGUAAGCUCCAUGGCGACCACUUAGCUUCAACAGCGCGCCACAGAGAAUUGCCACCCGGAAGCGGAAGCCGCCCCGCGGCCGGGGCGGGCGAGAGAGGCGGGUAAAAGGAAUGACUUCCGAUUCCCGGGAACCGCCCCGCCCAUUUCCCUUCCGUCUCCUUCUUUGGGAUUGGCUGCCCGGCGCUCAGGCCCCGCCUUCUCACGACGCCCCUGGCGGUCACUUUUCCCGCCUCCGCCUGGGCCGCGCAGCCGAGCUCUGUGACAGUUGAGGAUGGCCGGAGCCGAGAGCCCCGCCGGCGGCCAGGCGGAGCUGGAGCCCGUGGUGUCGCUGGUGGACGUGCUCGAGGAGGACGAGGAGCUGGAGAAUGAGGCGUGCGCUGUCCUGGGCGGCAGCGACUCGGAGAAGUGCUCCUAUUCGCAGGGCUCAGUGAAGAGACAAGCACUGUAUGCCUGUAGUACAUGCACACCAGAGGGAGAAGAACCAGCAGGAAUUUGUCUAGCUUGCAGUUAUGAAUGCCAUGGAAGUCAUAAACUAUUUGAACUAUACACAAAAAGAAAUUUUCGUUGCGAUUGUGGAAACAGCAAGUUUAAAAAUUUGGAAUGCAAAUUAUUUCCUGACAAAUCAAAGGUAAAUUCUUGCAAUAAGUACAAUGACAACUUUUUUGGAUUAUACUGCAUUUGUAAGAGACCUUACCCCGAUCCUGAAGAUGAGGUUCCAGAUGAGAUGAUUCAGUGUGUGGUCUGUGAAGACUGGUUCCAUGGCAGGCAUCUUGGUGCCAUUCCCCCUGAGAGUGGAGAUUUCCAAGAGAUGGUGUGCCAGGCUUGUAUGAAACGCUGUUCUUUCUUGUGGGCUUAUGCUGCCCAGUUGGCAGUCACCAGAGUGUCUGCUGAAGAUGAUGGGCUACUGCUGAAUGUUGAUGGCGUGGGUGAUCAAGAGGUUAUCAAGCCUGAAAAUGGAGGUCACCAAGAUAACACCCCAAAAGAGGAUGUUCCAGAACAUGGAAAGAAUGCUGGCAAGGAAGUUAAAGCUGAGCAGAAUAAUGAGCCAUGUACCAGCUCUAGUUCUGAGUCUGUCAGCCAGAUAGCGUUUAAGAACGAAAACAGCAAACCUGAGGUGCAGUCUGGCUGCAGACUUGAGGAGCUCCAAGCCAAGCAGUUUGUGAAGACAGAUGCUGCCACCUAUUGGCCCCUGAACUGGCGCAGCAGGCUGUGCACCUGCCAAGACUGUAUGAAAAUGUAUAGAGAACUAGAUGUCCUGUUCCUGACAGAUGAAUAUGAUACAGUUUUGGCUUAUGAGAACAAAGGCAAGAGUGAGCAGGCAACUGAUAGAAGAGACCCUUUAAUGGACACACUAAGCAGCAUGAACAGGGUCCAGCAAGUGGAGCUCAUUUGUGAAUACAAUGACUUGAAAACGGAACUUAAAGACUAUCUGAAGAGAUUUGCUGAUGAAGGCACGGUUGUUAAGAGAGAGGACAUUCAGCAGUUCUUUGAAGAAUUUCAAUCAAAAAAGAGAAGGAGAGUGGAUGGGCUGCAGUAUUACUGCAGCUAGAGCGGAGUGCCAUUUCAGGUCCAUGAAAAUGCCACUGUUCUGGAAUAAAGAGACCUGUGUCACACUUGGUCCUCUUUCCAUCCUCCUGUGGCCUCAAGCUCCCUUCUCCUUAACAGCAGCCACAGUGUUUAUGCUGGUGUCUCAUCAUAAGCAUCCUCAAUGACUCAGCCAGAUGCUCCUCAUUCCACAGACUUCAGCUUUCCUGUCCAGGAUACCCAGGGUUUUGCUUGUUUAAAGAAGUUUGAUUUGAUCUUGAGAAAGCAAAUUGAUUUCUUUUUUAGCAAUUUGUUCCAUGACUCCCAAAUGUGUGUCCACAGAGCUAUUGCCUUCUGGGUGCUCUCUGUCUUGCAGGUUUUCUUCCUGUCAGCCUGAACCUCCAUGGGGGACCAUCCCCUCUGCCCUCAUGAUCACGGUGCCUUGGGUCAUGGCUUCCACAAUCCUGCUCUUUGAGUCCUCACUGCUUUCUGAGGUUUGGUCGUGACUUGAAGGGAUUUGAGAACUUUCUCUGGACCAGCCUUCAGAGCACCAGGACUGGUGUUCUGGUGUUGAUAUCUGUUGUAAGCAGGGAGGCUGACUCAUGGCAGGAUUGAGGAAGCAAGCCUUUGUGAAUUUCACCACCGUUCUUUGGGCACUCAGACAUCAGCGUUAGUACUGUAAUGCUCCCAGAGCUUCCAGGGAACCCACCCAUAUCUGAAUCCCUUUGCUGCUGCCUAAAAUGACCAGAUCCCACCUGUGACAUGUGGGUGCUUCACAGAGUCCUCUGGCUUCUUACAUUAUCAGGGAUAUGCAUAAGCAUAUAUUAAAAAUGGACCUAUUUUGAUAUUGUUCUGUUAGGAAAUGGUUAUUGGAACCCCAAUAAGUUAUUUUUUCCCCUUGAAUCUGCUGAAGGCAAAGAUACUGACUGACCUUGGUGGUGAGUGGGGCAGUGAUACUGCCCUGGAAGAGGGACCGAAGAUUCCAGACAAAGCCCUCAGCUGCACACAUGGUGAGUUUUUGUAUGGAAACAGUGUGCACAGCUACUCCCCUCCUGAAUGAAGUCUGAGGAUCCUCGUGGGUUGCUGUAUAAAACUCAGUGUUUGAGGGAAGCCUUUGAAAAGUUCCCUCAGUCUAUGUGGGAAACAUCUUUUGAUUUACAAAGCCCUAAGUUGCCCCUUUGAGAGGAAUAGGGUCUUCCCUAGCACACUGUGAGGUAUAUUAAAAGCAUUUUAGGCCACAUGUUAGUGUGGAUGUUUUUGUGUGUGUGCAGCAAUUGUAUGCAUGAAUGCUCGCCAAUUCCUGGAUAAGAUGAAAGAGCCUACAAAUAAGGCCUCAGGAAAUGGCAUGGCUCCUGUGCUGUAGCCUGCAGCCUCCUAAUGACAGGGCCUGUGAAGACUGAUGUUCAGAGCUGGAAGGUUCCUGGCUGUGGGCAAUGCCUGUAAUGCACUGAGCUAGCCGCCUGGAGAGGGCUCAGUUAAAAACCUCAGGUGCCUACAACCUGCGGAUCUUCCAAAUCUGAGGAUAUUUUGAACUUGAGAGUUGCACUUCCAUGUUCCAUCCUGUCCUCAAAGUUUAUAUCUUCCCAGAUGGCCGACUUACUACCAAAAAGUCCCUGUCUGCCUGGGGCAGGUUAGAGCCAAGGCUUAGUUAGUAUAGUGUUAGCGAGCGGCAGUACAGAUGCCCAGUGCUGAAUGGCCUGUCUAAGAGAGGCUCUCCACUUAACCAGACAACCUCUUUUUGUACACAACUGUUCACAACUAGUUUUCUUACUGACUUGGGCUAUCUCUUCUUGUAGAGAUGGUUUGGGCCAACAUGUCGCAGUUGAUAUUAAUGCAUGUUUUAUGCAAAACAAAAAUGUGAUACUAGUUACUUUUAAGGAAUUCUGGCAUUGUAUGUACAUUUUUGUAGAAAUUACUACUGGACUUAACAUAUUUCAAUCAGGUUUCUGUAAAAUCCAAAUUAAAGCAAUUUAAAAUAGUUGA